AUGGAAUCCAUCUUCGAGGACGACUUGGAAGAUGACGACGAUGUCAUGAGAGACGAUCCAGCAUUCCCCCCUCUUUACUAUGUCCAGACGCCUGAGAAAAAUGGCGUCUACACCCGUUCUUUCGAGAUCAGCGAGCACGUAUUCCCUCCUUAUCUGCAAACAAUUCCUCACUACAUGAAGCUUUUCAUUGUCAUGGAUCCCACCGGUUUGCGAUCCUCACUGCCGUCCACAUUUCCUUCCAUGUUUUUCUAUCCUGCCUCGAAGCCUCUUCCGGCCGAGUUCCACAUACCGUAUCAUGAUCGUCCCAACGAGUUCUACGUUUCUCUUACCCACGAUUCUGCUCUUUUUAAUAUCAGCGACUCCUCCCCUGCACCCACAUCUAAGCCCACAGCUCCACAUAAGGUUCUGCGGUCGACCGAGCUCCUGGAAAGCAUUUUCCUCAAGCUCGACCCUGUCACGAUUCUCACUUCCAUUCAGCGAGUGAAUAAGACCUGGAAAGGGGUCGUGGACGGAUCCACGGCACUUCAGCGGAAGCUCUACUUCGCACCUGACGGCAAAGCCAAACUGGGUCUUCAUCCUCAAGCUCAGUGGCUCAAAGACGAUCGCGAGAACUUCCCCGCCGUCAACUCCCUCUUGGCCAGAUAUUUCGAAAGCUGCUUCUUUAGCUUUGGACACAUCUACGGCUGGCUGCGCCGGGCGGAAUCCUUCUACGAGCACAAAUGGACCCGCCACCACCAUAGGCUGAAGAGGAUGAACUUGCCGUGGGAACACUCGGCAAUCUACCAACCUAUGCUCGAUGAGAAGCUGGAUGGCCGGGCGACUCUUCAGGCAAUGCAGGAGAGGGAGAGAUUUACUCGCUCUGGCGCGAGUUGGCGCAACAUGCUUGUGUGCCAGCCUCCCAUCUUCAGCUUUGGCGUCAUGAUAUUCCAGCCCGAUAAGGGCACCUCAGCCCUGCCACAAAGAAUGGAAAAGGCCAUUAUCAAGGCCCACGACAUGGACGUUGGCCUCUGCAUGGGCCAACUCUAUGACUUUGUUCAGGAGAGGGCAGGCCACCAUCCUCUGUCCUCUCUCUGGUUUCGUGUCUUCUGGUUUGAGCCCCAUGGCCCCUGGACCUCGGACCUUUGCCGCGACACUGCCCAUGAGCUGGCUCUUGAGACAGACCUGAUUAUCGAAAUGUUCCACAGCAGCGACUGUUCCCUUGCAUAUCACCCGAGGGAUCCGCCGAGGCCCGAGACCUUUGACAGAAUCUUCCAAAGCAAGGACUUCAAGCCUCAUGACUGGGUUCCGGCUGGUGUCGCGGUAGACAACGCAAGCGAAGGGUACGAAGCGCUCUCUCCCUUGGAUGGCGACCAGAACAGGAUUUGGUGUGGAUUUGCAGGUAAGUGA